UGCUGCUCCUCCCAGCAUCCCUGGCGCGGCCAUUUCAGCCCCAUCUUGGCUGAGGGGAGGGAGCUGCAGCCACCGCUUCAGCAGUUUGAAUUUCAGUUUCUCCAGAGCCUGCAAACCGGCCGCACCGAGGAGGAGCCGAAGAAGCUACCGCCGCUACCUCACACAGCCAGAGCGCCGCCGCUUGCCGGCCCGCCGGCCGCCGCCCCUCAUUCUCUCAAGAGCCGCGAGGGGAGGCCGAGACCGCCGCCGCCGCCCGCCCGCCCGCGGGGGUGGCUCCCCCUGUAAGGGGAGGACCGAGCCGGCUUUCCCCUCCCCCGGAGCGGGUUUCCGCCAGAGACAGUCGACAUGUCCCUGGGGCUGAGCUCCGGCUAGAGCCGGGGAGGGAGGGCCGCCCGGCCGCACCGAAGCUCCGCCGCCCGCCCGCGGCUCCUGGCUGAAUCAGGAAUCCCCGGCUCCGGACUCGCCACUCCUCCUUCUUCCCUCUCGGCGUCCGAGAGCCCGGAGCUGACGCCGGCACUGGCUCGAGGAGCGGGACAGCACCGCCCCUCACGCCGCCGCCGCCUCCUCCCCUUCGCCCUCCCACUCCCACCCCCAGCCUAGGCCUGCUGACCGCGCGGGGCGCCGAGCUGGACUGACCACGGCGGCCCGGAGACGCGAGGAGGAAGCAGCCGGCCCGCCCCUGGGAUCGCGCUUUCGCCGCCACUGGGGGUAUUGAAUUGAGGCACCGCGACUGCGGGAGGCGAGAAGGAAGGAGGAGCCGGCGCGCGAGUGAGACGGGGGCAGAGCCGAAGAGACCGACACGGAGAAGGAAACGGGAGGAGGAUGUCUCGCGGAGCGACCGACGCACGGAUCAACCCGUGACUCUUACAGCGGCGGGCCUCAGACCCCAGCGCGGACGCGGACUUUGUCUUUGGGGGCCCUGCUCUGCCCUUCCUGGUCUCCGGCAAGAUCGCAGAGGAGGCGGCGUGCCUCUCUGCCCUCCAGCCUUCCUCACCAUGUCCAAGAUGCCGGCCAAGAAGAAGAGCUGCUUCCAGAUCACCAGUGUCACCACAGCCCAGGUGGCCACUAGCAUCACCGAGGACACCGAGAGCCUGGACGAUCCGGACGAGUCACGCACAGAGGACGUCUCCUCCGAGAUAUUCGACGUUUCUCGGGCCACGGACUACGGCCCCGAGGAGGUCUGCGAGCGCAGCUCCUCCGAAGAGACGCUCAACAAUGUUGGGGAUGCGGAGACUCCCGGUACCGUCUCCCCCAACCUCGUCCUGGACGGGCAGCUGGCGGCCGCGGCGGCCACUCCCGCCAACGGAGGAGGAGCCGCUUCGGCCCGCAGCGUGGCUGGGGCGCUGGCCAGUACCCUAGCGGCGGCCGCCCCCUCGGCCCCCUCCUCAGGGGCCCCCGGAGCCCCCCCGGUCGCGGGCCCCUCCGCCGGGCCAGGGACUGCCGCCCCCUCGCAGCCCCCCACCACUUGUAGUUCCCGUUUCCGCGUGAUCAAGCUGGACCACGGCAGCGGGGAGCCGUAUAGACGCGGCCGAUGGACGUGCAUGGAAUACUAUGAGCGGGAUUCCGACAGCAGCGUCCUGACCCGGUCCGGGGAUUGCAUUAGGCACAGCAAUACUUUUGAUCAGACUGCGGAUCGGGACAGCGGCCUGGGCGCCACCGGAGGGUCCGUGGUGGUGGUGGUGGCCUCCAUGCCGGGGGCGCACGGGCCCGACUCGGGAACUGACAGUUCCUUGACUGCUGUGUCACAGCUACCCCCGUCGGAGAAAAUGAGCCAGCCCGCCCCGGCCCCGCCGCAGAGUUUUGGCGUUGGGCAGCCGCAGCCGCAGCCGCCGCCCGUAGGUGGGGCUGUGGCUCCGAGCUCGGCUCCGCUGCCGCCGUUCCCGGGAGCCGCGGCCGGGCCGCCGCAGAUGAUGGCAGCCCCGCCGCCCAGCCAGCCCCAGGGCGCCGCGCCUGGCUCCGUCCCCCCGGGGCCCAACGGACAGGGGCUGCCGCUGACGAAUGUAACCCUGGCGCAGCCCGGCCUGGCCCUGCCUCCGCAGCCCGGCCCGGCCGUGGGCGCUUCUGCCGCGCCGCCGCCCCAGCAGUUCGCGUAUCCCCAGGCUCAGAUUCCGCCGGGCCAUCUGCUGCCCGUCCAGCCCGCCGGCCAGAGUGAGUACCUGCAGCCGCACGUGGCCGGCCUGCAGCCGCCCAGCCCGGCGCAGCCCUCGUCCGCGGGCGCUGGAGCGGGCCCCGGCCAGAACGCCGCCUCCACGGGCGCGCAGAUGAUGGGCGCGGCCUCCCUGCCUGGCGAAGCCGUGGCCCCGGGGCCGGGCCCCGCGCAGGGCGGACCGGCCGCGCCCGGUCAGCCGGCCGGAGUGCCCCCGGCUGCCGUGGGAGGCGCGGCGCCGUCGGGCCUGGUUCCCACCGGGGCCGGGCAGCCUCAGCCCGCGCCUCCGCCGCAGAUGGGUGGCAGCGGCGCGCCAUCGGCAGUGCCCGGCGGCCCUCACGCCGUGGUGCCCGGAGUUCCGAACGUGCCUGCAGCCGCGCCCGCUCCCAGCGUGCCUAGUGUGUCUACCACUUCUGUUACUAUGCCAAAUGUACCCGCGCCCUUGGCCCAGGCGCAGCAGCUGGGCAGCCAUCCUCCGGUCAGCAGGAGCGGCAGCAUCAUCCAGCACGUGGGGCUGCCCUUAGCGCCAGGCACGGCCAGUGCACCGACGAGUCUACCGCAGUCUGACCUAAGCCAGUUUCAGACUCAGACCCAGCCUUUAGUCGGGCAAGUUGACGAUACUAGAAGAAAAUCCGAACCCCUACCUCAACCACCACUUUCUCUCAUUGCUGAAAUUAAGCCUGUUGUGAAGCCUCCUGUUGCAGAUGCCCUGGCAAACCCCCUUCAGUUAACACCUAUGAACAGUCUCUCCACCUCUGUAUUCAGCAUAGCUAUUCCUGUUGAUGGUGAUGAAGACAGGAAUCCUUCAACUGCUUUCUUCCAAGCGUUCCAUUUGAACACGAUUCAGGAAUCAAAGAACCUCUGGGAUAGUGCAUCUGGGGGAGGUGGUGUAGCCAUUGACAACAAAAUAGAACAAGCAAUGGAUCUGGUGAAAAGCCAUUUGAUGUAUGCAGUAAGAGAAGAAGUGGAAGUUCUAAAGGAACAAAUAAAAGAAUUAGUUGAAAGAAACUCUUUACUUGAACGAGAAAAUGCACUGUUAAAAUCUCUUUCAAACAAUGAUCAGUUAUCCCAACUCCCAGCCCAACAGGCCAAUGCUGGUAGCACUUCUCAACAGCAAGCAGUGAUAGCACAGCCUCCGCAGCCAACGCAGCCUCCGCAGCAGCCGAAUGUGUCCUCAGCAUAAAGCUUUCUUGCCUCAUUAAGAAAAAAACUGAAAGCAAUCUAUCCUUGUGUGCCACUGGUGUUCUUUCCACUUUAUACGAAAGCAAGUAGCCAUGCUUCAGUUGUGUGUUUGGCCUUUUCAGUAUUAGACAAUCAUUCUACAAGAGCUUUUCCUCUCUUUGAGAUGUCAUGCAGUGCUGUUGAUGUCCAGUUUAUGUCAUCAGUACACAAGGAGAAUAAUAGAUGGGGUGUAUUAAAGAGAGCAAAGUUAGCAUUUUACCUGGUGCGCACGAGUGGGGUCUUUUAAGAGCUUUGGUGGCUCUCCCAUGUUUCCUAUUAUCCAUGGAUUUACCCUGAGCCUUCCUAUCGCAUUAUAAAUAACAGUUCAUCUAAAGAGCCACUUUUCUUUCAAUAUCAGUAACAUUUGCCUACAUAAGUUUUCAUUUAUUUGUGUUUUAUUUAUUACAGGGCUGCUAUUUUCAUAAUGUACAUGAACAAUGUCACAGAACUUUUUUAAUUUUUUUGAAUAAUUAUAAGUAUCAGUAAAGGAAUUGAAAGGCAGGAUUGCAUUUAAUAGAUGAAACGUUUAGGCAAUAAUUGAACAAAAGAAUCCUGGCAUAUUUCUAACACUAAUGGCAAUUUACCUUCGGUAUUUAUUUUCAGUAGUAAAGACCCAGCUUGAAUGUAAAUUUUGUAUAGUGUAAGUAUGAAGAACAUAGUGCAACUGUACAGGUAGUCACCAGUUAUUGUGAUAUAAUAAAUAAUUGGGCUAUUUUGAUGAAGAAAACUUUGUUCAUUUGUUUCUACUUUCUAAUAGAGAAAUUGCCACGAUUCCUCUGCUUUUUGACAUUUCGUAUGACUUUUUUUUCGGGUGGGAAUAAAAAGCUGUGAAAUUGUUCAACCUACUUUGUAACCAAAGAAGCAAAGCUGUGUAAUGGAGUUUUGUUUUUUUUUGUUUGUUUUUUUUUUUAUAAUGCACAUUCUUUAUGUAUUUUUAUUUAGUGUUCUCUCGGUCACAAUUUUCUUUGCUGUCUAGCAUGAUCUGCAUGACCUAUAAUCUUUGAACCACUUUCGUACCUCAUGUUUUUAUCCAGCACUCUUAUUGUAAUAUGUACUAGUCUGUGAACAAUGUCAAAUAAAAAAGAACGAACAGGUAGUAUGGUGGAGCUGAGCUAGUGUACUAUACACUAGUUGUAAAAAAAAAAAAAAAAAAAAUAA